UCUCUCUCUCUCUCUCUCUCUACUAGUAGUCUCUCUCGCACACAGACACACUCUCUCUCCUCCCUCUCUUCACACGGUUUGCCUCGCCUCGCCUCGCCCACGAAAAGACAAGCGGAGAGCAGGCAGGGAAGGGGAGGGGGAGAGGAAAGGGAAAAAGCGGGUCGCGAGUGCCGCCCCCCCGCUUUUGCUCCAAUCGGCGCCGCCUCGCGCGAGAUCCGCUCCGCGUGCCCCCGCCGCCGCGCCGCUGCCGAGAUAGAGGGUGUCGUCCCCAGCAUCGGUUUCCACGGAGAGUUGUUGAUUUGGAUACCUGAUCCAAUUGGGGGCGGAUUGAGUCACUUGGACCUUUUCAACAGCUGUCCCGUUCCUGCUGCUUUGGUCCCGAUAAGAGGCUUGCCUGGUUCCAGAGAUGAUGCCAUUGUGAGUGGCGAUGGAUUCUGCGAGAAGUUGGUUCCAGAAGUUCCAGCCGAGGGAUAAAUCCAAGAGUCCAGCUGUGGCAGCCAGCCAUGGAAAGGAUCCAGGAAAGCCCCCGGUCGAUGAUGCCCCUUCUAGUGCGACGAAGCAGAGGGUCGCCGCUGCAAAGCAGUACAUUGAGAACCACUACAAGACCCAGAUGAAGUCCCUGCAAGACAGGAAAGAGAGGCGCUGGAUGUUGGAGAGAAAAUUAAAAGAUGCCGAAGUUCCUGUAGAAGAGCAAAAUAAUAUUCUUAAGCAUUUGGAGAAAAAAGAGACCGAAUAUAUGCGCUUGCAGAGACACAAGAUGGGAGUUGAAGAUUUUGAACUUUUGACUAUUAUUGGGAGAGGUGCAUUUGGAGAGGUGCGUCUUUGUAGAGAGAAGUCCUCUAAGAAUGUGUACGCAAUGAAAAAGCUCAAGAAAUCUGAAAUGCUUCGUAGGGGCCAGGUAGAACAUGUCAAAGCCGAAAGGAACCUUCUUGCUGAAGUUGAUAGUGCUUACAUAGUUAAGCUCUAUUAUUCUUUCCAAGACGAAGAGUUCUUAUAUCUCAUCAUGGAAUACCUUCCUGGUGGGGACAUGAUGACUUUACUUAUGCGCAAGGACACACUAACAGAAGAUGAAGCUAGAUUUUAUAUUGCAGAAACGGUGCUUGCCAUUGAGUCUAUUCACAAGCACAACUAUAUUCAUCGGGAUAUCAAACCAGAUAAUCUUUUGUUAGAUCGCAUUGGUCACCUGAAGCUUUCUGACUUCGGUUUGUGUAAACCUUUGGACAGCAGUAAUUUUCCAAUUUUGAAUGAACCAGAUUAUACGUCUGGAAAAGUUACCAAACCUUUGCCUGAUACCACUCGGUUAAGCAACCCUUCUGCACCGAGGCGUACACAGCAGGAGCAAUUGUCACACUGGCAAAAGAACCGCCGGAUGUUGGCAUACUCAACAGUCGGUACACCUGAUUAUAUAGCUCCAGAAGUUCUACUGAAGAAAGGAUACGGAAUGGAGUGUGACUGGUGGUCCCUUGGUGCUAUCAUGUAUGAAAUGCUUGUUGGUUACCCUCCAUUUUAUUCAGAGGAUCCAAUGUCUACUUGCAGAAAGAUUGUGAACUGGAGAAGUCACUUGAAGUUCCCUGAAGAGGCAAAGCUUUCUCCUGAAGCUAAGGAUCUCAUCAGCAAGCUUUUGUGUAAUGUUGAGCAGAGACUUGGCACAAAAGGAGCCCAUGAAAUAAAAGCGCAUCCAUGGUUUAGAGGUGUUCAGUGGGAGAAGUUGUAUCAGAUGAAAGCUGCUUUCAUACCAGAAGUUAAUGGCGAGUUGGAUACUCAGAAUUUUGAGAAAUUUGAGGAGACAGGAACUCAAAUUCAAAGUUCAUCCAAGUCAGGCCCAUGGAGAAAGAUGCUUCCGUCCAAAGAUGCAAACUUUGUUGGGUAUACAUACAAGAACUUUGAAAUUGUAAAUGAUGAUGAAGUGGCAGGAAUUGCCGAGUUGAAGAAAAAGAGUUCCAAACCAAAGCGGCCAACCAUCAAGACAUUGUUUGAGAGCAUGGACGAAGAGGAGCCUGUUCACGGAAGUUUUUUAGGUAUGUUGCCUCCGAAGGAGGGGCAACCUUCGUCCCACUCCAGCAUUCCACCAGAAAAAUACCAACCUCGACGUAAAUAGGAUAUGGAGGUUCCAAAAGUAAAGCAUAGGAAAGUAAAAACAAGAAAAAAAAUUCUUCUGCUGCCUUUUGAUAUGCUCCCUGUCUAAGUUUUGUAAAUCCUAACCAAUGCGUUCUUUAGUCAAAUGCUUAAAAAAAAUCUCUCCGGCCAAAUAGUGUAUGGCAUUUGAUGUGAGCACAUCAGUGUUCGCUGUAUAUUGUGUUACCGUUCUAACUUCGAAUUGAUGUUUCUCAGCCAUAUUGGCGACUCCUAGUGUAUACUAGAUACAAGGGACCAGGAGCAAACAAGCUGUGCUGUUGUGGCGAACAUGUGCUAUGUGUAUUGACCUCAUAAUUGUUUCUUUGAGGUCAAGGUUCGUAGGAGCCUGAUCAACUUCCAGCUGUAUUGCUAAAAAAAAA